GUUGAUAAAAAACAAGAUGUCUGCUGCGGCCGCUGUCGAACGGCAUCGUCGAUGAUACGCGCCGCGCAUUAUUGCAUUAUCAUCGCGCUGCGAAGAGGCGAUAACCGGCGCCGAGGCGACAAUACCCAGCGGCGACAACACCGGCGCGUUUAUAAAUAGUUGAAACGCACGCAAACGGCGAGCGCGCGCGCCCGGUGUGAGUUGAAAUCGAAGCGUCAGAGCACGACGGUCGUGUGCGUCGUUGUUCGGUUCCAGAGUUCGAGCUGUGCACGCACAACAAGCGCGAUGAAGAUCACGAUCAAGAACCUCCAGCAGCACACGUUCACCGUGGAGGUGGAGGCCACACAGACCGUAAAACAUCUCAAGCAGGAGAUUGAGCGGCUGAAGGGCAAAGAUGAUUAUCCUGCGGAAUUGCAGCGGCUGAUAUACGCCGGAAAGAUUCUCGUCGAUGAUAAUAAACUGGCGGAUUAUAGCAUUGAUGAGAAGAAGUUUGUUGUUGUCAUGACAAGCAAGCCCAAACAGAGCAGUGAUGCCAAGUCAGAGAACAGUGGUGACACCGCAAGUUCGACGCCUUCCGUGGCCAGCACACCCGCCCCAACACCGCCCCCAGCGGUGCCCAUCCCGCCUCCAAUAGCUCCGCCCAGCACUGGCAAUCCUAUCACUUCUGUUCCUUCGCUACCGCUGCCGAUUGCGAAUCUAGACCUCGCUGGCAACGCGCUGCUCAUGGGCGAAGAGUACGAGCGCAUGGUGCGUAAUAUCAUGGACAUGGGCUAUGACCGAGCGCAGGUGGAGCAGGCGCUGCGCGCUAGCUUCAACAACCCCGAUCGCGCCGUAGAAUAUCUCAUCACUGGCAUCCCGCCGAUGGACGAUGAAGCGGUGAAUGAGAGCGCUGAUAUGUCGCAGAUCGACGAGCAGCAGUCUGACGCUGAUGAUCCCUUGGCUUUCCUACGCACGCAGCCGCAGUUCCAGCAAAUGCGCACCGUCAUCCAACAGAAUCCGCAGCUUCUUAAUCAUAUUCUCCAGCAGAUCGGCCAGACCAACCCGGCGCUGCUGCAUUUAAUCUCGCAGAAUCAGGACUCGUUCGUGCGGAUGCUCAAUGAACCAGCGGUGGGCACGCCGGGGACACCUCCGGUGACGACUCCAGGUGGUGGAGGCGCCAAUAGUCCUCUAGCUGGCUUGGGAGCGCUGGGCGCUUUGCCUACGCCACCUACCAGUGGAACCCCCGGGACGAUUCAAGUCACACCGCAGGAUAAAGACGCCAUCGAGCGACUCAAAGCCCUGGGAUUUCCUGAACAUCUCGUCGUGCAAGCGUACUUCGCCUGCGAGAAGAACGAGAACCUGGCGGCCAACUUUUUGCUCUCGCAGAACUUGGACGACUAACGCCGGCGGACGCAGAGGGAGAUUCUUAGUUUCAACGACGCGCGCCGCCGCCAGACACAGCACACGAAUCUUUGCCAAAAAAUAUCGACGGUGCGGUGAGGCGCGCGCGCGCGGGUUUCUUUUUGUUUGUGUUAACUUUUUGCUUUUACAUUUUUCACCGUUUGCGUUUUUUGCGUAUUGAUAGAUUUCGAGGGACUAUAAGAUAUAUAAAUCAUUAAAGAAGAGGCGGGUACAGGUGUUAUUCCUGUGUGUGGAGUCAUGCAGCAUCAACAAGAGCAAGAUAAUAAUAGGAAUAUACGAAAUACUGCGAUUGGGAAUACUAAUUAUACUUUAAAAUGAAUUAAUACAAUGAAAGAAUACUGUAAAAAUACAUUAAACUAGAUUUACUACUUACAA